AAAAAAUGAAUGUUUCUGUUGUCAAGAUCCAUACUGGAGUAUUUCGCUGCACCUGAGACAGGACGCCUGGAGAAAGAAAGAAGAGAUACCUGCCCUUUGGUUGUGGAUGAAGAAUUCUGCUUGCAGAGGCAGUGGAAUGCUCUAUGAUCUUUGGACCAAAGCAUCAUGGAGGUCUGCAUAUUCUUCCUUUAUGCUAUGAUACUUCUCCCAGGUAUUGCUGCCAGUGUGCAUCAGGUGAAGUCAUUUCUCAAUCACACUGCAUACCUAUCCUGCUAUUUUCCAAACUCUCAGAAAACCGACAUAAAGGAUUUAAGAGUUUUUUGGCAAAAAGACGCUAUUGAAGUGGUGCAUGAAGUAUACCAUGGCCAAGAAAAACUUGAUAACCUUAGUCCUAAAUAUAUAAAUCGCACCAAAAUGGAUAUGGACAAAUGGACCUUGCAAUUGUUAAAUGUGGGAAUUGUGGACGAGGGACAGUAUACAUGUAUUAUACAGCACAGAGAUAAAGGAUCGCCAAAGGUCAUACACAGAUCUGAGUGCUUACUGCAGAUCAUUGCCAACUAUAGUCAACCUGAGAUAGCGUGGCUGAACACUGGGGAACUAAAGCACAACGCAUACUUGAAUCUUUCCUGUUCUUCCAGUGGAGGUUAUCCGGAGCCCAAGAAGAUGACUUGGCUAAUUUCACACGAAAACACAACAUACAGGCGCAUUCAUCACAUGGAUGUUUCACAGGAUGCUGUAACAAAGUUGUACAGUGUUACUACCAAGCUGAAUAUCACAGUUCCUACAAACACUCUCACUAAUAUUAGCUGCUUGCUUCACCUUGGAGAGCAGCUGGGGAGCCUUGUUUCAAUGCCACUAGGCAUAGAGAUACAAGGGGAAGAAAUGGAGCAAGUGAAGAUAAAUUUCUUUGGCCCACUUACAGCUGUGAUUAUACUGACCACACUUCUUCUGGGUUUUGUGAUAUUGAAGAAGAACAGAAAUACCUCAUCUAGAAACCAGAGUGUAAGUCUAGCAGUCUAGAUGCUAUCCAACUUGAAACUGAGGCCAUCAGCCAGACUGCUGACUGGGAACCAUCCCUGCAUAUAGCAAGGCCUGAGGUCCCGUGUUCUUAGAUGCUCUGCGAGAACAAGAAUCCUCCCCAGAUAACCUACAGAACAACAUUUAACAGUUCUGUCUGAGGGCUGAAAUCCACCACCCAGUGUUGUCUGCUUUUAUUUUUGCUCCAGAAUGGUCACAAAUAUGAUGUUCUGCCUGUCUACAUGACUAUCUUUCUGAUGUAUUUUUCACCACACACUGUGACAUUGUAAAAUCCUGAGAGUCAAUGAAGAAAGCAGAGUUAUGUGGGUUGCAGAAGGGAAUGUCUCAGAAAGAGUUAGGCCACAAUCUGUGAAUCAUAACCAUCACUGGAAACAUGAUCAGAGGCAGGCUAUUAAUCAUAAGUCAUAAACACUUUUGGCAGAGCCGGUGUGGCUUUGUACCAGUAACCUUCUUGUAAAGCUCCACAGCAGAAAGAGGAACUUCAGGGCACUUCCCCACCUUCUGAGAAGAGUUGUGCAAUUCCUAUCAAGCAUUUGAAACUAGAAAUCAUCUGAAGGAAAUACUUGCUUUAAACAUAAUUUCUAGUUAUCUUAACUUUUUUUUUACUAGCAUCCAAGCUUAAUAUAUCCAGACAGGUAGUACCUCCACACUUUGUUCCUCUGUAUUCUGACCAGAUGUUGUACUAGUUAUUCAGGUGGAUGAAGGGAUAGAAAAUGAAAGCAUGAGGUAUCACUCAUAUGUGUAUAAAUCUAAAUAUACAAAAUUAAGCUAACCAGAUAGCAAAAAAAAAAUAUUAUAUAAGUUGGUCAUGUUCCCAUUUAGUUGACUAUGCUCUCCCUUUCUUAAUUUUGCUUCAAACCUUGAAGAUAGAACAAUCCAUACGCUACGGUAUGCUCAGCUAUAGGAAGUGGUUUUACCUUUCAGGAAAGAUUCUCCAUUUAACUCAAAAUGUGCCAGUUCUCCAAUCCUGAAUGAUAUCUGCACUUUAUAUUCUUCAACAGCAUUGACAUCUUUCAGGAGAAAGAAUGCAGCAGAACUGAAACAAAAUGCUUCUGAGGUCUUGAUUGUGCUUGUAGGUCUGACAUUUUCAGCAAGAUCAGGGACAUUAGCAUCACAUUCUCAAGACAAAUUUCAGCUCAGAGUUGCAGUUGGGGACAUAAAUUCUCUACAUUUUCUGUUAAAUGAUGUUGUGAGUUGCUAGAUUCCACCUCAAUUUUUACUCAAUUUGCAAGUGUGUGAGAGAAUGUACAUGUCUUUUUGAGCUAGCUAAACCAUUUUGGAGUCAGUUUAUUAAGCUAUUACACUAACAUUUCAAA